AUUCCUCGAUCCGAUCUAAGUACUAUCCGAACGAAUCCCAGAGGGCCACACUAUAUAAGCCAGCGCCCCCAUUCACCCUUCCCCAUAGGGUUUUCCUGCGGCGGAACAAACCUGAAUCCAGCCAGUGAAUCAAUCACACCUUCUCGUCGACUCCCCUCCCUCAUCAACGCCGGCGGCCAACUGCAACAAUGGCGGAGACGAGGCCCAGCGCGGUGACCCUCCGCACCCGCAAGUUCAUGACUAACCGCCUCCUCUCCCGGAAGCAAUUCGUUCUUGAGGUGAUCCACCCCGGCCAGGCCAACGUCCCCAAGACGGAGCUCAAGGAUAAGCUGGCCAAGAUGUACGACGUGAAGGAACCCAACUGCAUAGUUGUGUUCAAGUUCCGCACGCACUUCGGAGGCGGCAAGUCCACCGGGUUCGGCCUCAUCUACGACAACCUCGACGCGGCCAAGAAGUUCGAGCCCAAGUACCGCCUGAUCAGGAAUGGUCUUGCUACUAAGGUUGAAAAGUCUCGCAAGCAAAUUAAGGAGCGUAAGAACAGGUCUAAGAAGAUCCGUGGUGUCAAGAAGACCAAGGCUGAUGCUGGGAAGAAGAAGAAGUAAACAUUCAUUCACAUUUGGUUUGCCGAGCAUGUUAGUCUGUUCUCCCGGUGGUCUAGUGACGGCGAAAUAGUUAUGCGCCCCUAUUAGUCUUUUUCUCCUACGCGUUGAAGUAAGCUUUUCUCGUUCCUGGAUGUGAACCUAGCUGGUUUGGCAUAACGUCUUGUGACAUUUACAUCCAUGCUUAGGGCUAAAGUGUUCAUGGAAGAUGUAACAAGGCAGCUUAAUUUCUCGUCCA